GUGGUAAACACAGGAGCGGGCGAACAUGGCGUCAAGCAAGAAGGGCGGCAGAUUUGACAAAGGCGUGAACGGGAGACGCGCGUCCAAGCAAAAAGAAGCUCCAGUGGCCGCCGACACUGACAGGACUCACCUGAGCAGAGAGGAUACAGACAAGGAAAGAAGCUUGAAUCCGGAUGCUGUGAUGGACACCAGAGCGGUUUUUGUGGCCCUCUACAAUGUCUGCGAGGAGAAUGCCUCCUUCUUCUCGGGAGGGGCCAAAGGGCCGCAGAGCGACGCUGCCCAGCGUCUGGUGGACACCAUGAAGCUGAUCGAGGAACACGCUCGCAGUCUGGAGCCUGUCAUCUCUGGCUUCGCCGCUGUCUACCACCAUUUUGACUUUGACCCGCACAUCCCAGCCAACGGGUAUCGCUCACUAGUCAAGGUGGUGCGUUGCUGCCUUCUUCACAUCAUCCACAAGGGGCGCUACAUCACAGCCAACCGCCGCAGCAUUUUCUUCCGCGUCGCCCACAACGCCGGAGAGAUGGAGGCCUACUGCAGCGCCCUGUGCCAGCUGCGGGCGUUGCUCUACCUGGCCCAGCGGCUGCUGCACGACAACAGCCACGGCGACCUCUUCUUCCAGGACGAGAGCGGCCUCAGCGAGAGCUUCGUGCGGGAGUACAGCUCCAUGCACAAGGGCUGCUUCUAUGGCCGCUGUCUGGGAUUUCAGUUCACUCCAUCCAUCCGACCUUCUCUGCAGACCAUAGCCAUCGGACUUGUAGCGUUUGGAGAAAACUACAGACGCCAUCAGUCGGGAAUAGGUGUCGCAGCCAGCUCCAUCUUCACAUCAGGCAAGUACGCCAUUGAUCCAGAGUUAAGAGGGGCCGAAUUUGAGCGCAUCACUCAGAACCUCGACGUCCAUUUCUGGAAGGCUUUCUGGAACGUUACUGAGAAUGAAGUGCUUUCGAGCCUCGCCAGUAUGACAUCUGUUACGGUCAAGGUGAACCGAGCGCUCUCUGUGCCUCCCGUGCCCCUCGACCUCCCGUUGGCAGCCAACCACGCAGCCUCUGUGACCAUCGCGCCGCCGUCGGCUCACAUCGGCAUCGCUCCUGUUCAGAUGAGACUCCUCUCGUAUGACUUACGGGAAGGACAGGACAGUAAGACGAUGUUGUCUCUAACCCGCUCCGAGGCAGGUUCCAUUUCUCUCUCACUGGGUAUGAAGACCAAGCAUCUGCCUUCAUCCCCCUGCCUGCUCAUCCACUUCCACGGUGGAGGCUUUGUGGCUCAGACAUCCAAAUCCCAUGAGCCCUAUCUCAAGAGCUGGUCCCAGGACCUCGGCGUCCCCAUUCUGUCAGUGGACUACUCCCUGGCACCCGAGGCCCCCUUUCCACGGGCCCUAGAGGAGUGCUUCUACGCAUACUGUUGGGCUCUGAAGAACCACCACCUACUUGGCUGGACCGGAGAGAAGGUUUGUCUGGCGGGCGACAGUGCCGGAGGCAACCUGUGCGUGACGACGUCGAUGCGUGCUGCGGCCUACGGCGUCCGAAUGCCAGAUGGCAUCGUGGCUGCCUACCCGGCCACCCUGCUGACCGCCUACGCCUCGCCCUCCCGUCUGCUCACCCUCAUGGAUCCCUUGCUGCCGCUGAGUGUUCUCUCCAGGUGUCUCAGCGCCUACUCAGGUAAUGAGCCGCAGACGGAGAAGCAGGUGGAGAAGGAGAGCACACUCAGCAUGGUGAGGAGGGACACGGCGCUGCUGCUGCGAGACUUUCGACAGGGAGCGUCCAACUGGAUCCACUCUUUACUGGACUCCAACAGGGCCGCCAUCCCCUCCAGCACGGAUGUAGAGUCAGGGGAAACCACUGACGUGGUGAGGAAGAGCGUGUCAGAGACGUCCAUCUGCUCUCCUCACGUGGACCCCCCAGCGUCCUCGGAGCCCACAAACCUCCACACUGGCAAAUUAUCUGGGAAGAGCCAGACAUGCCAGGACCUGGGAACCCAUAAUUCCACCUCCCACUGUGCACCACUCCUGUCUGAACGCAAUCCCGAACACGUCAGUUUCUCCAUCUCCAGUGAACCUGAUACCCCUUUUCUUGGCCAUCUGUCGUCCGUGGCCAUACCGCCCUCUGGAGGCGAGGAUGGAUCAGAGUUCCCGCUGGGCUUUGAGCCCCUGCGCUCGGAGCAGCUGUCUGAGAUGAAGUUGCUCAGUUCGCCGGUGGUCAAGGACCCCUUCUGCUCCCCUCUGCUGGCCCCCGAUAGCAUGCUGAAAACUCUCCCGCCUGUUCACCUCGUGAAGGGGGGUGCGCUACGUGAACGCGCCUCUCUCCUUGGCGCGCGCCCGCCCCGGACACCAGCGCGAAGGCAGCCCGGGGCUCAGACGAGCCUUGGCCGGGGAGCGAGGAAGAUGGAGGCGCGGGCCGUCGCUGGGAGACUCCUGUGGCUGCUGGCGAUGUGCGCCGUCCUCUGCGUGGACACCGUCCUGGGGAAAUACGUCAAAGGCGUCGUGGACACCAAAGAGGAAUGGGUUUUCCUCACUCGCUUCUGCUUCCUCACUGACUUUGGACGCCUGGACUUCCGGUUCCGUUAUUCUAAGUCUCGCUGCUGUCAGAACAUAUUACUCUACUUUGAUGACGCCUCUCAGUGGCCAGCUGUGUACAAGAGGCCUGAAAAGAACUGCUACCAGAAAGAGGCGGUGCUGAGGCCCGAGAACAACCAGGUCAUCAACCUCACCACCCGAUACACCUGGUCGGGAUGUGUGGUGGAGGGAGACGGCGACGAGGAGGUCCUGAGCUGCGUGGGCGGCCGCAGUUUUCGCUCGGUGAGAGAGAGGUGGUGGUACAUCGCUCUCAGCAAGUGCGGGGGCGAUGGCCUGCAGCUGGAGUAUGAGAUGAAACUGACAAACGGCCAGUCUUUCUGGACGCAGCACUUCUCAGCAGACGAGUUCGGAAUCUUGGAGACAGACAUCACCUUCUUGGUCAUCUUCUCCAUGGUGUUCCUGCUCUCCUGCUACUUUGCCUACAAUUUGAAGGGGAGACAGCUUCUUCACACAACCUACAAAAUGUUUAUGACGGCCGCAGGUGUGGAGGUGCUCAGCUUGUUGUUCCACUGUAUCUACUGGGGCCUCUACGCUCGCGAUGGAGUCGGCAACGGCAGCCUGAAAAUACUCGGGAAAUUACUCUUCUCCAUCAGUUUCCUGGUGUUCCUUCUUAUGCUCAUACUGUUGGGCAAAGGCUUCACUGUCACAAGGGCAAGGAUCAGUCACAGUGGCUCGGUGAAGCUGAGCAUCUACAUGACCGUUUACACCAUCACCUACGUCAUCCUCUUUAUCUACGAAGCAGAGUUCUUCGAUCCAGGCGAGGUUCUGUACGCCUACGACAGCCCGGCCGGCUACGGGCUGAUGGGCCUGCAGUUGCUGGCCUACGUGUGGUUCUGCUACGCCGUGCUGGUCUCUCUUAAGCACUACCCUGAAAAGCAGCCCUUCUACGUGCCCUUUUUCACCACAUACACGCUAUGGUUCUUUGCUGUGCCAGUGAUGGCGCUCAUCGCUAACUUUGGCAUCCCUCGAUGGGCUCGGGAAAAGAUCGUCAAUGGCAUCCAGCUCGGCAUCCACCUCUACGCUCACAUCGUCUUCCUGGUCAUAACGCGGCCGUCGGCAGCCAACAAGAACUUUCCUUACCACGUGCGGACAUCACAGAUAGGCAUCCUCCUGUCCAGCCCGAAAGGAGGCGAGGGGGCCGAGAGCUUCCCUCACCACGCCUACGGAAAUGGUUCCUUCCUGGGAGACUCCCAGCCCAACUUCACCGAGCUCUUUUCCAUCCAAUCAGAUCCCGUCAAGACGGUGGAGGAGACGGUCGCCAAGAAGGUCCCAGAGGUGCCGAGGAACAGCGAGCAGAAGAUCAUCACCACCGCCGCCGCCGCUGACCUGACGGCCAUUUUGCCGCUGCCGCCGCCACCACCGCCGCCAACCGUCCCACCUCGCCUGGCCGCACGCUCGCCCCCUCUCCCCGUCCGCCUUCCGUCCUUCACCGAGUACUUCAGCAUGCAGGGAGGAGGAGGUGCGUUUGGAUCCAAGGCGUGAGACGACAUGAAGGUCAAGAUGGCCAUAUGGCGACGUAAUAAUCCCUUUUCCCUCCAACACCAACACUACUAAUCAUGGCAGACUAAAUGAGAGCCAUCACUGUGUACUUUGGGACAAAAUGAGGAUCCAAAACGUUUAUUUUUGAGGCCGAACAUAAAGAGGACGACUUACAAGUUUUACAAGUGCUAAACAGAUCCAAGUUUAGUGAAACACGGAGGAUCACGAAGCAGUAUUGCUAAGUGCUGAACAAGAUGUAUCGUACACACUAUGAACAUAAUAAAACAUCACUUACUGUACAACGUCUGCUGUCACUGCGAUUCCGACUCCUGGGAUGUUUAUAUAUUCCUGUUUAUGUGAAGAAUGACUCAUAGUCCUCGCGGAGAAAAAAAGGGGUGAAACAAGUGGUUUUUUUGCCAUUUUGUCUAAAUUGGCUGUCAAAGUUGACCGACUUGUUGGAUUAUGUCCUUAUCCUUUUACUAUACAGGUGAGAGGUAUGUUUAUAAUGUAUAAUAAACUUUCAUGUGCUUUGACUCUUAACGUUAGCCCUUAUAGUAACAAUAUAUAUAUAUAAUCACCAAAUGAUUCCCGGGCGUGGCCACCGCUGCUGCUCACUGCUCCCCUCAAAUUCAGAGGAUAAUUUCCCCACACCCAGUGUGUGUGUGACAAUCUUUGGGACUUUAACUUUUAACUUUAAUGUCGCUAAUACUUGGUUAAUAUUCAGGUCAAUAUAAAUGAAAUGAUGUUGGCGGUUUUUGGAUUAUUUACAGGACUUUAUGGGUAGACUCCAUUGUAAGAUGACUUUUAUUUACAAGUUAGAAUGCAUAAAAAAAAAUUUAAAAAGUGUUUUUGUCUCUCAUUAAGAUUGUGAAUUAUAGGCAAAAAAGAAAAAAAAAGUGCACUUCCCCUUCGAUGUGUCAGUCGCACGCAGGAUUCUCACAGGAAUGAGGCUAAAAUACAACCUUACCUAGUUUUAGAAUGUCUUUUAUAUGUCUUGGAGGACCCGGUCUCACAUUUAAAACCCAACUUAAGUAUUUGCAAACCCCCACAUGAAGCUGCAACAGCUGGUAAAAAAAAUAAUAAAAUGUUGUGUCCUGCAUGGAGCACUUUUAAUGUUCCCGUCUUGUCCAUUUGUGAUGAUGUCACCUCCAGGUGAAACAUGUAAAUACACUCCAAUGUGGUCGCUACCCCCGCCAGUUGUUAAUGACAGCAGCCACCUUUCAUUGUAAAAAAAAAAAAAAAUGGACAGAGAUUCCAAAUAAGCCACAGAGUGAGCAAAGCUGCGGUAACACAGCCUUGUGUGAUGAAGUGAUGGUCGUGUUAGAGCGCGUGCAGUCAUUACGUUAGGGGUGUCCAAAGUCGGUCCUUUUUCGUGGGUAUAUCGUAAAAAUGAGAUGGAUAUUACACUUAGUCAGAUAAUGAUAAUAAUAGAUUUGUAAAACGCACUUUACAUUGAGUAAACAACCUCAAAGUGCUACAGUGUAUUAAAAAUAUGAUAAAAAAUAAAUAAAAAUAAAAACUAGACCAGCCAAAUAGCUAAAACUAGUAUGCAUAUACAGUAUCUAAAAAAAGGCUUUUUUUUAAAUAAGGGUUUUUAAGCCUUUUUUUAAAAGCCUCCACAGUCUGUGGUGCCCUCAGGUGGUCAGGGAGAGCGUUCCACAGACUGGGAGCGCGGCGGAGCAGAAAGAUAUAACACAAAGCUGACACGUUGACCUCCACUGGAUUGUUUCAUGUACAAAAUGUAAGUUUUGGACACCCCGCUCCUUCAUGAUGGGACCCAAAGUGAUACUUGAAUGAAGGCUCGCCCCGAUGAUGAUGUACCUUUUGUCUAAUGUUGCCAUCAACGCAGCCUCCUCCCCUGCUGCCACUGUGUGCACGACCACACAUUCUUGUGUUUCUUACCUUCUUGAGACCUCCUCUUUAGGACCACCACAUUUGUAUUUACAACAUUAAUAAUAUAUACAUCCAUCCAUCCAUUUUCUACCGCUUGUCCCUUUCGGGGUCGCGGGGCGUGCUGGAGCCUAUCUCGGCUGCAUUCGGGCGGAAGGCGGGGUACACCCUGGACAAGUCGCCACCUCAUGGCAGGGCCAACACAGACAGACAACAUUCACACAUUAGG